CCCUGGCUGCGGCUCCUCAGUCGGCGGCGGCUGCUGCUGCCUGUGGCCCGGGCGGCUGGGAGAAGCGGAGUGUUGGUGAGUGACGCGGCGGAGGUGUAGUUUGACGCGGUGUGUUACGUGGGGGAGAGAAUAAAACUCCAGCGAGAUCCGGGCCGCGAACGAAAGCAGUGACGGAGGCGCUUGUACCACCGGUAACUAAAUGACCAUGGAAUCUGGAGCAGAGAACCAGCAGAGUGGAGAUGCAGCUGUAACAGAAGCUGAAAAUCAACAAAUGACAGUUCAAGCCCAGCCACAGAUUGCCACAUUAGCCCAGGUAUCUAUGCCAGCAGCUCAUGCAACAUCAUCUGCUCCCACCGUAACUUUAGUACAGCUGCCCAAUGGGCAGACAGUUCAAGUCCAUGGAGUUAUCCAGGCGGCCCAGCCAUCAGUUAUUCAGUCUCCACAAGUUCAGACAGUUCAGUCUUCCUGUAAGGACUUAAAAAGACUUUUCUUCAGAACACAGAUUUCAACUAUUGCAGAAAGUGAAGAUUCACAGGAAUCAGUGGAUAGUGUAACUGACUCUCAGAAGCGAAGGGAAAUUCUUUCAAGGAGGCCUUCCUACAGGAAAAUUUUGAAUGACUUAUCUUCUGAUGCACCAGGAGUGCCAAGGAUUGAAGAAGAGAAGUCUGAGGAGGAGACGUCAGCCCCUGCCAUCACCACUGUAACGGUGCCAACUCCAAUUUACCAAACUAGCAGUGGACAGUACAUUGCCAUUACCCAGGGAGGAGCAAUACAGCUGGCUAACAAUGGUACCGAUGGGGUACAGGGCCUUCAGACAUUAACCAUGACCAAUGCAGCUGCCACCCAGCCGGGUACUACCAUCCUACAGUAUGCACAGACCACUGAUGGACAGCAGAUCUUAGUGCCCAGCAACCAAGUUGUUGUUCAAGCUGCCUCUGGAGAUGUACAGACAUACCAGAUCCGCACAGCACCUACCAGCACCAUCGCCCCUGGAGUUGUCAUGGCGUCCUCCCCCGCACUUCCCGCACAACCUGCUGAAGAAGCAGCUCGAAAGAGAGAAGUCCGUCUAAUGAAGAACAGACACUGGAAAUGCUGCCACCUCUUGGCUGCUUUGAACACGGGGGCACAAAUCUUUGAAAUAUUGCUUUUAAUGCUUUGGAUAUGGAAUGAGAAGCAGGCUUGCUGGAUCAUAUGGGAAGCAGCUCGAGAGUGUCGUAGAAAGAAGAAAGAAUACGUGAAAUGUUUAGAAAACAGAGUGGCAGUGCUUGAAAACCAAAACAAGACACUGAUUGAGGAGCUAAAAGCACUUAAGGACCUUUACUGCCACAAAUCAGAUUAAUUUGGGAUUUCAAUUUUCACCUGUUACGGUGGAAUCAAAAUGGACCGGAUUGGCCACAACCAGAAAGACAAAAUAAACAUUUUAUUUUCUAAACAUUUCUUUUUUUUCUAUGCGCAAAACUGCCUGAAAGCAACUACAGAAUUUCAUUCAUUUGUGCUUUUGCAUUAAACUGUGAAUGUUCCAAAACCUGCCUCCACUUCUCCCCUCGAGAAAUUUUCAGCGCCAGGAAUCAUGAAGAGACUUCUGCUUUUCAACGCCCACCUUCCUCAAGAAGUAAUAAUUUGUUUACUUGUAAAUUGAUGGGGGAAAUGAGGAAAAUGAAAUUUUUUUUUUAAUGAUUUCAAGGUUUGUGCUGAGCUCCUUGAUUGCCUUAGGGACAGAAUUACCCUAGCCUCUUGCGCUGAAGUAAUUUGUGGGCCGCAUGCAUAAAGUAAGUAAGGUGCAAUGGAGAAGUAUUGAUUGCCAAACUGACUUGUUUUCACAUUUUCAUGGUGAAUUAUGUAAAACUAUUAAAAGACAAAAACCCGCUAAAAUAAUUUUUGAGUAUGAGGAAUGAAUUUGGAGUACUCUAUGUAUAAUGUUCUUUUCUUCAGUACUUGAAAACUUGUCCUUGAUCCUUAAAAGUAUCCUGUAUUAGCAACAGGGCAGUUGUUGCUUCUAACUUGGCUCUAUGUAUUCAAUAUUUUUGAAUACAUUAAAAGAAGUAACCAACUGAAUGAAAGAGCAUGGCAUUUGACUUUUAAAUUAAAUCUAAGUACAUAAAAGUACAAAGCUUAUUUUAGUUAGCACUAAAUCUUAGUAAAAAGAUGCUGACUAGUAAACCAAUCCCUUGAGUUAUAUAAUGUUUUUAAAUAAACAUUUUUGUCCUCAACGUUAAAGAUACUUAUAUUGUCACUCAUUUACUUAAGGUAUUUGUAAUUUACUGUUGCCCUUUGCAUCUACAUUGUACCACCAACAGGAAAGUCUUCAAGAUGUUACAUAAAGCAAAAUGAUAUAUUUAUGUUAGAGGAAAAUACUGAUUUUUAAAUUUUUCCCAUAUUAACACUUUAUCAGAGAAUCUCUAGUGAAUUUUCUAAUUAAAAGAAGCUAUAAGGAUAUGGCCCUAAAAAGUAGUGAUAAUUGUACAUAAGAAGAGUAAUUUUUUGCAGACAUAUUUGAGUGUCUGUGGUACUACAAUAUUUGGAUUAUCAUUCUUGUAAAACUUUUCUUGUUUUCAUCUAAAAUGGGUAGUAGGCUUGAGCUUCCCAGUAUACUAUGUAGCCUUUGCCAUUUAUAAAGUACCUAUUUUAAUUCUUGAUAGUCUGCAUUUGUGUAUAUCAUACAUUGUUCCCAACAAUACUUUAUUUAUGUUACUCAUUCACUAAGCCUGAUAAAAAUUAUCACUUAUAAGAAAAAUAGGACUAAAGUAGAGUUUGAAAAUUGGAAACUGACAUAAUGUUAGAUUAUAAUUCCUCACUUGAGAAGGAAAUUCCUUUUUAAGAAGUCAAGAAACAAAAUAUGUAUUUAGUGAUGGGUUACUUAAGAAAGUUAAGUUUGCUUAACAUGACUACAAAGGAUACAAGUUUUAGUUAUUGAGUCCAUUUUAAAAGUUAAGAUUUUUAAUUAAUACUUGUAAAUGUUGUAUUUUUGUUUGUAACAAACCAUUGUCUUUUUUCAAGGAUGAACAGAGUUUGUGAAGGAGCAUCAUUCUAAGAAUUGAGUGAUGUAGUCCUUAUAUUUGGACAGUUCACCAGAUUCUCAAGAAGGCUUUCAAACGACUGUAAAGUUUGAUGUUUGUCCUGCUGAGCUAAUGGGGAAACUGAUAGCAUAAAAGUUAUUUUGUGUACCAGCAUAGUAUGUCAUUUUCUAAAUUUGCUUUAACAGAAACCAAGCAAAAAUCACAAAUCUGUUCAUAAACUUCAGUUACUUCAAAUUGAGUCAAGUAAAAUUGAACAUUUUGAAUGUCACAAAACACAAAAAAUUGCCUGGUGUAUAGCAAGUUAUAAUCUCUAUAAAGUCUGUUUUUCCAAAAGUUGAGGCUUUCUGCUGAAUUAGGAAGUUGGUGACCCUCUUGGUCCCUGAUAAAUCAUGGCAAUCAUGUAGGUGGGUUUACAAGUUGCAAAGAACUGGUCCUUUAUACCUUCAGGACGAUUGCACUGUUUUGAAGUCAGUUACAUAAUAGUAGGUGAGAAAUGUAUUGUGUUGCUAAAUGUGUUUUAGACCCUUGGGAAGACUUGAAGAUUUCCGUUUAUACAGAUAGAAAUCAGGCAUCUUUUAUGCAAUUUUUUUAAUACAAGAAUUACAAAACAGGUGUUUGUUUUUAAGCUUGUAAUUUUGAGAAUCUUUAAGAAAAUGACAUAAUUUUUAAAAAUCUAGUAGCCAAGAACAUAUAUGGCCACAUUAUCAGUAAUUUUUUCUCUUCAUAUUGGCCAAAAGGGAAUGAAGAUGUCAUCAUAGGAAUAUGUAUAUAUGCUACUGAUUUGCCUAGAAAAUAGCAAGUUUGGUAUUGCUCACUUUGCAAAUAUAGGGCCAUGUGGCACUUUUAUCUAUAGGACAGAUUAACUCUAAUAAAAAUGAAGUGGGGAGGGGUUUAUUUUUGAUAUAUUACUAUUAUGAGUUUUCAAGCUUUGAUAGCGUUAAACUGAAAAGUGGUUUAGAAAGGGCUAGAAUCCAUUGUGUUCAUGUUAUUAAAAAAUUGAUAUGAUAUAAUUUUAAGUUCUUUCUUUUUCAAACCCAAGUACCAUAUUGACAACCAUAAUAUUGUCAUAGGUGCUCUAUUCAUUUAGAUAUUUGGGAGGGGGUUGGGGAAAAGGCAUUUGUAUAAUAUAUGUGUACAUAUAUAUAUACAUACAGUAUAUAAUCUAAAGCUCUGAGAGCUCUUAAGUCAGGAAUGCUGAGUAUUAUAGUAUAUUGAAGUCAGAUGAAAUUUUACAUUUUUGUGUCUUCUAUUGCAUCCCUUCUGGUAGUUUCUAUGACUGCAUUACUCCAGCACUCAUUAUUUUUAUCUUCAGAUUUUCUUUCUUCCAAGUAUUUUAUUUUUUAAUAGUUUUCUUUGGCUUGAUACUUUUAAAUGUUUCUAGUCACUUGACUCCCCCUUUCCCCAAGAAAAAGAAUUUGUUUUUUUUAUUUGUCUCUGGCAGCUAUAACAGUGGUAGGAAUGUUUUGGAAAUAACUUAAAAAGGAACCACUGAGUUUUCAAAAAAUCAUCCUGGGGGAGCCAUUUUUGCAUUUCAUUUAAGCAGGGAUUUUUGUCAGAAAAUGUGUUUUGACAGUAGGUCAGCAGCAGUGCAAAUAUCUGAAAGCACAAUACCAGUCAGGCAGGCUGUCCAAUCAGAAGUCAUCUGGCUGAAGUUUAUCUCUGUCUCUCAGGACUAAUCCCUACUAUCUUGGUGACCAUAUGAGGUGACAUGUGGAAUCAUACAAAGGCUUAGAAAGAAACAAAUUUGUGUAAACCAGGAUGCUCUUACUUACUUGAAGUGAUUUCAUCUAGAUUUCUUUUCAUGUUUAGUAAGUAACUAGAGUCAGCUGUUAAAUUGGUUUAUGGAAGGCUGCUUCACUGUGCAGGAAGGAUUAAAUACAGCAUAUGAUAGAAACAGGGGUUACAUACCUUCUCAGCUAUUGCUAAGAGGCUUUAUUUUAUUAUCUGUAUAACCCUGAAAGCUGCUGGUAUAGUAUUUUCCACUGAUGUACUACAAAAAUUCUAUAUUUAUUUGGUUUAUAUUUACAUUGAUUCUUUGUAUAUGCUUGGUGCAACUUGCGCUUUUUCAAAAGGACCCAGUUUGGGUAUUAGUGACUUUACUGAUUCAUUAUCAUUACUUUUUGGUCCUUCUCCUCUCUUCACGUCAUGUGAUGUUUUUAAUGGAAGCUUUUCAUUGAUCUUAUUUUAGCACCUAAAAGCUAGCCUUAAAAAUGCUACAAAAGUAAAAUAGGUAGAAAUUAGAUUUGACUAGCCCAGUAAUUAAAAGUUGUGCUCAAACCUUACCUUAAACUUUUUCAUUAUGGUUAAGAGUGAAGAACAAUUCAAUUCAAAUUAUUUAAAUUGUAUUUCUUUCCAAUUUUAAAUGAGACUACCCUUACCACAGCAUUAAUACAUUAUUCAUAUGCCUAAAUCCAUUAAGUUUUCCAGAAUAGAAAAGGUUUUUUAUAUACAACUAUUGUCAUCAUCAGAGAUUACAUGCAAUAAAUAUUUUUACUAAAUUACUUUCAUUUUAAACCUGUCUAUUGUCAUCAAAGAAAUGGUGCCUAAAUUUGACUUUGGAUGAAGAUGAGAAGUGUUUUAGUAAACCUAUAGAUGAAUUAUGGGAUAAAUUUGUUCACAGAGUUGUACAAAGCACAACUAGAACUUUUGGGUGGCUGACAUAUGUCUUGAAUAGUGAGUGUUGACUUUCUUAAAUUGACUACAUUGUCACUCUAUGUACUAGAAACUGGUUUCCUUCACUUUCUCGAAUCAGUGGCCAGGAGAGGCAUUAAUCCUUGAGAGGUUGAACAUAUCAUGAAGCUGAGUCAGUGUGGAAGAAUUUCAAACAAACAGGGUGCUGCAGUUCCAUCUGUCAUCUGCUUAUGAUAAUGUUCUUACUGAGUGAAUGUAGCUUAAGCCUUUGUAUGUGUCCUCAGGGGGCAGACAGACUUUAAGAGGGACCAGAUAACAUUUGAAUGGAAGAAUUAUAUUUCAGGUGUUUUAGCUUGAAAUUUAUUUUUUAAAAAAAGAAAAAUUUUAAAAAAAUAAUAAAAUAGAACAAAGCCUGUAAAGUAAGAGGAUAUUAUAAACGGGCAGAGUUGUUUAGCACAGAGAAAAUAUUGACCUGUCUGCAUUUUGGUACUGUGGAUGCAGGUCCCAGCUGGGCAGAACAUGACACAUUUUAAAUUAUUUUCACCAGCAAGUAAAAGAAAAAUGAACAACCUAUAGGAAAUGUCUUUGAAAAGGGUCAAACAGUAGAAAAUUUAAAUUUAACCUACUUUAAUACUUGCCUAUAGAAGAAUGACAUUUCUAAGCUUCUGUCCGAAGAAUAUCUCAGAUGUGAGAGUAAAUCUGAGGUAGUUUAAAAACUGGUAGGGAAGGAAGAAAAUCCCUGCAGAUAAUGAUCUUAUGUUAGUUGGCCACAUAAAAUGAUCUAUCAUUGUGUUUGGAAGGUUUUAUUUUCUUAAGUUUUUAAAAUUGAAUUGGUAAAUGCUUUAUUAGACCUACUUUUAAUCCAGGUGCCACUCCAGUAUAUAUGUACUAAAAUUAUUUAUAUUAAAAGCAAAUAAUCUGUCAACAUUUUUCUGUGAGUAUAGAUUUAUAGGGGUGGCGAAGAGUGCUAGUUAGCAGUUUCCUGUGUAAAGUUGUCCUUGACGAUUUUUUGUACUUGUCAGCGAUAAUCUCUGCCUUCCCCACCCCCUCAGCAAAAAUAAUUAUUUUUAACCCAGAUGUAUCAUUUGAAACUUUUUAGAUUGAAAAAAAUAACCAGGGAAGUUCCUAGAAAGGUGUUUGGCUUUUUGACUUUUCCUUGAGGAUUAGGGCAAAGAAUACCUCCCCCAAUGCUAUCAGCACAAAACAGGGUAUCAAUUUUUAACUCUGAUGUUUCUAUUAGAGUUGAAUACUAAAUAACUAUAAUGAGGGAAAUACAUUUCUAAUAAUCCCUACAUUCUAGAAACAUCCCUGUUUUAAUUUUUUACUUAAAUCUUUGUUUUAUGUGUAAAAAAAAUGUACUGAGUUACAAUGCAUUUAUUAACACUAUGUACAUAUUAGCUGCUUUGUGUUCAGAAUGGUAGCAAUUGCUUUGUAUAUUAAAGUGAUCCUUGUGAAUUUGUGAAAUAUUGUCAUAAAGUGCUUUUUCUUACUGUAAUCUUUGUGGUAUCAACUGUCAUAAUACCCUUUUUACACAGACAUUUAUGUGCAGUCACAUAAACAUGCUUUUAAAAAUUCUGUAAGUCUCUUUUUUGGGGGGGGAUUGUAUCUCUUGUUUCAUACUUCUAUUGUUGUCACAGUUUCUUGGACUUAGGUUUAUUAGUUUUGUUAAAUGAACAUAAUUGUGUUAGACUAUAUGCCAAGUUUGUGUUGCGUAGCAUUGGAAAACUAAUUCAGGCAACAACUUACUUUCAGUUACUUCAUUUAUUGCAGUUCUGGCUUUUAGCACAAAGCUGCUUUUCUCAGUAACUGAACAGUGCCUACUGAAAGAUCUAGAGAUGCUAUUGUCCCACUGAUGUAACUAAUGGAGACAUUAAUGACUUUCUAUUUCCAGUAUCAUAAAAUGCAUAUUUGCACUGAAAGAACAGGUAACUUUCUAGGUAUCCAUAGAAUUAUACAAUUCCAUGAUGAUGUAAAAUGGAGAUGUGGUUUUAAUCAUUGUUUAAGGUAUACAAGUAAGAUUCCUACAAUAGUCUCAAAAAUGUUCUGGAGCUUCUAAAAGCAGUUAUAUUUAUUCCUAAGUAUUGUAUGUCCUUUUUUUCUCUAAUUCUUAAGAUGUGUUCAUUAGGCCUAGUACACUUGUCACUGUACUGAAAAAAUUACAUGAAUUUCUUUUUCCGCUUCUUCAAAGUGACCACUUAAUUUAUUGAUGAACUGAAAACAUUUUUGAGAGUGAAAGGGCGAUAUUAAUUUCCUAGGGACCUCACAUGUGAGCCAUGAUUCACUGAACAGGCUGGAACCUGUUAUCAUCCUACUUGUAAGCCAAGUUCAGGUGCCUGGGCCGCUGGAAAAGUCAGAGUGCCUAUCUUCUCUUUCUAUCUUUGCUGUCACGUAAAAAAUAUUCAUCAAGGAUACACUUCUGGGCAGUGAAGUCACAAGAAAAUUCCCUUUUCUGUAUACCUUUUCUUAGAACCUCGAUAAUAUCCAAGAAUACAGUUCUACACCGUGAUAGCCCUUUAUGCUCCAUUGAACUGUAUUUGUCAUUUCCACCCAGACUGCAAAACAGGUCCCAAACAGGACUUCUAAUAUUCCUGUUGAUCCGUUUCUUUAGCUGGGUUUUUCCAUUUUUAAGUGGUGCUGCUGCUGUCAGGCCCGGAAAAGCACUGCGUUAGUGGUCUUUCCUCACUGUGCCUUUUAAUUUCUCCACAUCUUACACAUGCCGACCGAAAGAGAAGGGUAAUUUUCAGGAGUAUGGAUGCUAAUUUUUGCCUGUUUUUAAUUGAGGUGCAGUUCAUAUAACAACUAUUUUAAAGCAAACAAUUCAUUGGUAUUUAAUGGAUUUACAGUGUUGUACAACUACCACUUCUAUCCAGUUCCCAUUUUUAUCACUCCAAAAUGAAACUAUGUACCCUUUAAACAGUUACUCCCCAUUUCUACCUGCCCCUCCCAACCACCAGUUUGCUUUUUGUUUCUAUAAAUUUACCAAUUCUGAGUAUUUCAAAUAAAUGGAGUCAUGUAAUAUGUGUA